GCUGACAGACGGCAAGCGCGGGUUCGCAGAAUAUUCUGGGCAUUUUACUGUCGCCUGCCAUGACAGCUAGCAUGAAGACAGGAGGUUCAUUCAUUGUGCGACAAGCCUGAUAUUUGUUUGAAAGAAAGCUCUAAAAACGGAACAAUGACGCUCACACCUCUCGUGUACUGGGCUCAACGCCACGAAGACAUUUACCUGCGAGUGGAGCUGACAGACGCUCAGAAUAUUGAUGUCCACGUACAUGAGAAAGUGCUCCAGUUCAGAGCCCAGGGCCAUGGUGCAAAAGGACAAAAUGAAUACGAGUUCAGCUUGGAGUUUCUUUCACCAGUAAAGCCAGAGGUGAGCCACAAGUCCACACAGAGGCAGGUGAAUAUUACAGUGCGGAAAGAGCAGCGGGGCUGGUGGGAGAGACUGACUGCACAGGAGCGCAAACCGGUCUUCCUGGCUCCUGACUUUGACCGCUGGCUGGACGAGUCAGACGCUGAGAUGGAGAUCCGGGAAAAGGAGGAAAAAAAGAACAGAUUGAGGGCUUCGAGGCACAAGGAGGAAGGGUUUGUCAGCCUGAAAACUGGAUUUUUGUUUGUGUACAACCUGGUUCAGUUUCUUGGUUUUUCAUGGAUCUUUGUCAACAUGACAGUGCGGCUCUUUAUCUUUGGCCAAGAUUCUCUGUACGACACAUUUCACACCAUUUCGGAUGUGAUGUUCUUCUGCCAGAUUCUGGCAGCAGUAGAGGUCCUCAACGCUGCCUUUGGUGUAGUCCGAACAGGUGUUAUUCCAACUCUUAUACAGGUGGUCGGACGGAAUUUUAUCCUCUUCAUCAUUUUUGGUAGUUUGGAGGAAAUGCACAACCAGCCAGUUGUGUUCUUCGUUUUCUAUCUGUGGAGCGCCAUUGAGAUUUUUAGGUAUCCAUUUUACAUGCUGGGCUGUUUCAAUACAGAGUGGAAAACUCUCACGUGGCUGCGGUACACCAUCUGGAUACCACUGUACCCGUUAGGUGUUAUCGCUGAAGCUGUUGCUGUCAUACAAUCCAUUCCAAUCUUUGACGAGACCAAACUCUUCAGCAUUCCUCUGCCAAAAGCCAUCGGUACCUCCAUCAGCUUCUCUUACUUCCUGCACUUCUAUCUAGUUCUCAUGUUUCUUGGACUCUUUAUCAACUUCCGUCAUCUUUACAAGCAGAGGAAGAGGCGUUUCCGUACCAAGAAGAGGAAAGCAAAUUGAGAUUCAGCACCGACAACAGUCCUCAAACACCUUGGCUGCCUGCUUAUUUCUUCUUUUUGAUAUGAUACUCAUAAGAAAUGCUCCAGUCAGUAAUUUUCCUUUUACCACAACUUGUUUGCCCUCACUAAAAUAAUUUCAUUCAUAGUCAACAUCAACAUCCUUCAUUACGGAUGAUGUAAUAUUUCAUCAUUGCAUUGUCACUCUCAUUUAUUGGUGAUUAAGUUCUCUUGGACAUCAGUCAGUAUUUUGUAGAUCAGUGAAAAACUGUAGUAAGCCUUAAUAGCCCAUGUGACCAAGUGUUUCUUUCCCUUUUUAUUCUUGAUAGUUUAGCAGUUUGUUAUUUCCUGUAUUCCUUAUUACAGAUUUUUGAACCGUCCCACCGACCUCAGGGGAAAUCAUACUGUAGACUGAUAAGUGCAGACAGCAUUUUCACUCAUGCUCAGUAACAACCAGCUAUGCAGAAUUUAUAUUUAUAUUGCUUCCUCAUUCUGCUAUUUCAUUAUUUAUUCAGUCACCUGAAUUUUUAAAUGCCAACAUUAACAAUCACUUCCUGUAAAUGUGAGUUAUUUGACAAUGAAUAAAAAUGAAAUUGAAAUCUGA